AAGCUAACGGAGGAUAUAAAACCUCUUUCUUCUCAUUGGUUCAUAUAGUCUGCAUUUUAUCCAAAUUUUGUUUUGUUUUAUUUUCUGUUUUACCGAAGGAAAAAAAAAAGAAACCAUUUUUUUUGUUCUUCUUUGGCUGAGCUGAGCGGCAAUGGCGGAGGAGCAAAAGACGACUAAGGUUGACGUAGAAUCUCCGGCGGUUUUAGCUCCGGCGAAGGAACCAACUCCUGCUCCGGUGGAAGCUUCUAAAGACGUGGCGGAGGAGAAAAUUCAUACUCCACCACCUCCUGUCGAGUCCAAAGCUCUUGCCGUUGUCGAAAAACCCAUUGAGGAGCAUACACCGAAGAAAAGCUCAUCUGGCUCGGCCGAUAGAGAUGUGAUACUUGCGGACUUGGAAAAGGAGAAAAAAACAUCAUUCAUCAAAGCAUGGGAAGAGAGUGAGAAGUCAAAGGCUGAGAACAAGGCACAAAAGAAGAUCUCUGAUGUGCUCGCUUGGGAGAACAGCAAGAAAGCAGCCACUGAAGCCCAGCUCAGGAAGAUUGAAGAAAAAUUAGAGAAGAAAAAGGCAGAGUAUGGUGAGAAAAUGAAGAACAAAGUGGCUGCGAUUCACAAGCUAGCAGAAGAGAAGAGAGCAAUGGUUGAAGCUAAAAGAGGAGAGGAGCUUCUUAAAGCUGAAGAAAUGGCUGCUAAGUAUAGAGCCACUGGUAUCGUACCAAAGGCAACUUGUGGAUGUUUCUAAGUCUUUUUUAAAUUUGUUUUUCAGGUCAUUGUUUGUUACAAUUCAUCUCUCUGUUUUUUUUUUUUAUGUGUGCUCAACAACUUUUUAUAGUUUUUUUGUUUGUUUAUUGUCUUGUUUAUAUAUAUAUUGGUGAUUUUGUGUGGAAAGCAAAAACAUCAAGGUUAGAGGUUUUAUGAAGUAUUUCUCUGUAA